AUCAAGCUUAACAUGCUGGUGACAUAGAUAGUUCUCCUGAAUGUAAAAAAAAAUGAAGUUUACAGCCAUUCUGUGUGUUACUAUAUGUAUAUUUGGAGUGAUAUGUGCUUUGGAAAGAAACGAAACAAAUAGUGAAUAUAAUAAUGAUUUCGACGAUAAGAACAUUUCAGCAAGUAAUAUUGAGGCGCUAAAGGAUCUUUUAAUGAAAGAUAUAGAAGAAGAAUUCAAAAACGAUUUCUUGAUUCAAACAAAUACAAACAUCAGUGACAUGAUUGACGAAGAUGACUGGGAUAUGGAAACAGGGGAAACAACUGUAAACGCUACAGUUUUAAUGCAGAAUGAAAGUAUUAGCAAUUCAAGCAUAGAACUAGGAAACCAACACCUACUCUAUGGGAACCUGUCCGUCCUUUUAGAAGAGGCAGCGAGCACCACAGAAGAGAAAACAGUUAUAAACGCGAAUGAAAGUAAGAGCAAAGAAAUUACAGGUAUUGGAAACCAGCAACUGCAUGAGGAUUUUACAGAAACGAUGAACACCACUUUAAACAAUACAGGAGUCAGACGGAAUACUUCCAACACACCAAGUGAGGAGAAACUAGAUGUAACAACUAGGAAGCCAUUAUGGUCAGAGUUGUUAGAUGACGUUACUGUCGAGGAAAUAUUUAUAGAAAUUACAGCUAAACCAAAACGUUCGAGUAAAACAUCCACCACUACAGAAACAACAAACCAAAGAGUCACAGAAAUGGAUGAAGACUUAAGCCAUUACAUCAAAGACAACUUACAACAUGGAAAUCUUGUUCCUCACACAACAAUGAAACCAAGCAACGACCAAAGCUAUAUUACAGAGUAUUUUAAAGGCGGGCUCCAAUCAACCACUGCAUACCCUAGACCAAGCAAUCCUUGGGAAGAUAAAUUACAAUUUGUUCCUGUAGCUAAAGAGUUAACAACACAGAUUCCAAAAGCACGUACCAAAUCCGAUAAACAUCAAAAUAUCAAGGGAGGUAAAGCAAGAUCAAGAAAAGUUUAUGUCUACGAGACAGACAAAGACGAUGAUUUGAUGGUGGCUAACAAGGAAGAAGAUGAAUAUAUUCUUGUGAAGUAUAACAGUGGGACCGUACGGGUUAAACGUUCAUUUGAAGACUACAGUGGUUCAGGAUCAGGAUCGGGAGCAUUAGCAGUGCGCGGUGAACUAUGGAUUUCUCCUAUUGUUAGAGGAAAUGAGUCGAUAAACGGAACGUCCGAGAACAAUAAACGCAAGCAACUAUUGGCUUUAUCGCUUAAGACAUACCUGGACCCAUACAUUAAAAGAAUGGCGUAUACACAUUUGACCUAUACGUAUUUUGGAGUUGAUAUGCUAAGAUCAAGUACAAACUUCACCAUCGUAGAGUUUGAAAUAUACCUUUUUGAUUCUGUACACGAAUACGACAAUGUGUUUGAUGCUGAAAUCCGGUUGGUAAUAGCCAAGGCCUUGAUCAACAUGAGAGUAAUAGAUUCAAAUUACAAUGUCGUAUUAUCCCAGUUAGAAAAUGUAACGAAUAAUAUGCAAGCAGUUAACUGCAUAACAUGUGAGACGUACGAAAUAUGUGAGCCAGUAAACGGCAACAUGAUUGUAUGGCACUGCAAGCCAUCUGAGCCACGAGCGUAUCCAUACGGAGUUCUGUCAAUGGAUGAAACAUUAGCUAGAAACAGAGAAUUCGCCUCAGCAAAAAUUAACAUAGAAGAUUUUAUACCUUAUGAAAACACAUUAUUUCAACACAUAUGGAUUUCUGUGAAUGGAUUGAUAAGUUUUGGAGAUGAGUACUCCAGUUUCACGCCUCAACGACUGCCAGUGUUAGAUAAAAAAGGAAAUCCUCGACCUCUGUUAGCUCCGUACUGGACAGACCUUGAGCUCACAGAUGGUGAUGAGGGACAGGUUUAUUAUCAUGUUUACAAGUGCUGGCUAGAAACAUCCUCUAAAGCAUGUGAAAGGGCCAAGAUCGACAUUGUUAGAUAUGCUAACAUUUCAACCUACACUGCGACCAUUGUUAUUGUAGUCACAUGGGUUAAAGUGCCCGUCACAGGAAAUACGAGAAACGAGCGUGUGUCAUUCCAGUGCGUUAUUGCAACCGAUGGCUACACAACCUAUGCUAUUUAUCUAUAUAUGCAAGGAGCUAUGCAAUUCAAGCCAUUGUCUGCAAGGAAUGUUGAGGUUGGGUGGGGAAAACAAAACUUCGAUACAUCCAGAUUGUCGUAUUAUAUGUUUGACAGAGUUCUGGGAAAUACAGGAGCACCUGGCCAAUGGUUUAUCAAAGUUGGAGAAAAAGACAACUAUAAAAUGUUGUGUAGAUCAUGGUAUCGAUCAGCCUCUGUUGCUGAAUUGAUUGCUAUCAAUAAUAAGAAUAUAGAAAUGCCAGCAUGUCCAUGUAAUGAAUUGGUGGCCUACAAUAGUCCACUUUGGGUGCAAACCACACAUGUCCAGAAUCAAAGUCACUGUUUUGAUUUACUGCCAUAUUAUGGUGAAUUUGGAAGGCGAUGCUGCUAUCGUAUGGAUGGGAGUUUCAGUCUUGAAACCAGAAAGCCACAAGCAGGCAGCCUUCAACGCAACAAUGCUUUCAAUUCUUUAAUACACAAUUCUAGAGAUCACCAACUGAAUGAUAUUGAACCAAAAAAUUGGUGCUGCUAUCAAUCUGAUUUAUGUGAACAAUACUAUGAAUUAAGACCAACUGUACAAUGUAUUGCAAGUAGUUGGGUGAGGGGAUUUUUGUUUGGUGACCCUCAUAUUUUUACUUUCGAUGAGCGAUUUUAUAUUUUUAAUGGCCUUGGAGAAUAUAAAAUAUUGGAGAUAGAUGGCAUUGCAAAGGACAGAACUGACAUCAAUUUUAUGAUGCAGGGUCGGACUUGCAGUGCAUUAAGCAAAAAUGGAACAAAAGCAAGAGCUGCAGUUUGGUGUGCUUUUGCUUUUAAAAAUGGAGAUGAUAUGAUAUUAACAGUACAAAUAAGUCCUGGGGAUAGAAUGAUGGUUAUUUAUGCAAAUAAUAGAGAUUACUCUGCACCAUUUAAAAAUGAGCCAGAAUUCUUUGCUGUUGAAAAUGGAAUGGUCAUCAGACAACAAAAUGGAUCCUUGAAAGUUUCAUUUUCUGAAAGUGUUGGAGUCACAAUUACCCUAUCAUAUGGUUUUCUUGAAGCUUAUGUAAGCUUAGAUAAGAAAUAUCAGAAUAUGACACGAGGGCUCUUAGGCAAUUUCAAUUAUAUCAAGACAGAUGAUUUUAUAUUUCCUAAUGGGACUACACUCACAGAUAAAUCGUCUGAAAGACAACUUCUUCAUUUUGUACAGAGCUGGGCAGUAACUCAGUCUGAAAGCUUAUUUCCAUAUGCUUAUGGGCAAAGCACAUCAACAUUUUCCUUUACAAAUUUCACCCCUUUAUUUUAUGAUGAGCUUAGUUAUGCAAUAACCAAUUCUUCCAGUACAUUUUGUAAUGGAAUGUUUCAAAUACCUUGUAUUUAUGAUUACAUUGCUACUCAAAAUGAAAGUUUAGCAAAACAUUCACUAGAAGUAGCAGAUCAGUUCAUAAUGGAGAAUACCAAUAUGGCAAAUCAAGCACCAUUUAUUAAGCUAAAUCAAACAAACUUUGAAAUAUAUAUUAAUACUCCUUUUUUCAUCAAUGUUAGUGGCUAUGAUAUUGAUGGGAAUGUUACACACUUCAUAGUAUUAACCAAUGUAAAUUACAUUGAAAAGCCAAAAAAUCAAGUUACUUCAACACAUAAUACAACAACCGAAUUUAUGUUUAUAGUUACAAAGUUAACUGUAGUAACAAUUGGAAUAACAGCUGUUGAUGAUAAAAACAUGCAGUCAGAAGUUAUCCCAUUGUCUCUUACUCUCUGUACUGGUUGCAGUAAUCAGGGAUCAUGUAACUUUUCUGUUACCAGACCUACCACAUCUCCUUAUUUUACCUAUGCAAUCUGCAACUGUAACUCUAGAUAUAGAGGAGUUGAUUGUGAAGAAAUUAUUGAUGGCUGUGCUGAUAAGCCCUGCCCAUUAGGCUGUACAAAUCUUUCAAACAAUAUAAAUCAGGCUACUGGAGUAUUUUAUAACUGUGAAAAUUGCCCUGUUGGUUUUAAUCUUAGCAUUACUAAAACCAAGUGUGAAGACUUUGAUGAAUGUCAAACUUCACCAUGUGAUUCUCAUGCUGACUGUGAAAAUACUUAUGGAAGCUUUUUGUGUCACUGUCAGAGUGGUUACCAAACUGUAAACAACAGUUGUGUGGACAUAGAUGAGUGUGCUGAUAAACUAGAUAACUGUGCUCAGUUAUGUACCAACACUCUAGGAAGUUUUAAUUGUUCCUGUUAUCCUGGUUUUAAUAGCUCCAAAAAUGCAUGUAUUAAAACAGAAACAGGUAUAAAUCAGUGUAAAUCAGUAAACGCAACAUGCAAUUAUGACUGCAACAAUGACACUCAAGGCUGUUUUUGUAAACAUGGAUUUAUUCUGAAAGAAAAUGGCAUUGAUUGUAUAGAUGUUGAUGAAUGUAAGAAAAACAUUUGCUCACAAAACUGCAGUAAUAGUGAAGGGAGCUUUACUUGUAGCUGUAACGCUGGUUACAAGAUGAACAGCGAACAUGCUCACGAGUGUGAUUCAUGUCGUGAUAAUAUGUAUGGGUUAAACUGUGCCGCACAAUGUGAAUGUAAGGGCCAUGCUCUACGAUGUGACAGUAUCAAGGGCUGUAUCUGCCAAGACAAUUGGAAGGGAACGAACUGUGACAUUGAUGUUGAUGAGUGUGUAGAAACUCCAAACAUUUGUCCACCAUAUCAUUACUGUAAAAAUACUAAGGGAUCCUACACAUGUGACUGUCCUACAGGAUUUGAAGAUAUCAAUGGGACUUGCAUCAACAUCGAUGAAUGCAACAAUAUUCUGCUAAAUAAUUGCUCCCAAAACUGCAUUGAUGCACCAGGCUCUUUCAUUUGUGAAUGCUUUAGUGGUUUUACAAAACUUUCUAAUGGGACUUGCUUAGAUAUAGAUGAAUGUCAUAAUGGCCAAUCUGGCUGUGAGCAGAUCUGUUUGAAUGUUCCAGGGAGUAGCUACUGUGGUUGUUAUCCUGGUUAUAGAUUAAAGGAUGACAGAAAGACAUGUGAAAAAGAUGCUGUGGAUCCUUGCGUCAAUUUUUACCUUAACUGCAGCCAAGGCUGUACAGAUGUAAAUGGAACACCUCAAUGUUUCUGUCAUACUGGCUUCACUCUUAGCACUAAUAACUUUGAUUGCAUUGAUGUAAAUGAAUGCAAAUCAGAAAAUAACAAGUGUGAUGGAAACUGUGUUAAUACUAUGGGCUCCUACAACUGCUCAUGCCCUGUAGGCUAUAAACUGCAAAAUGAUAAAUUAAGCUGUCGAGCAUGUGAUGCUUAUCAUUGGGGAGAUAACUGUGCAACUACAUGUAACUGCAGCAUACAAGGCAUGUCAAGUUGUGAUGCUGAAAUUGGAUGUCAGUGUAAAACAGGCUGGGCUGGGACAUGGUGUGAGAUUGAUCAAGAUGAAUGUUCUAGUGAAAUUUCUCCUUGUCUGCCAUUGUCUUCAUGUAUUAACACACCUGGAUCAUUUGAAUGUCGGUGUAAAGAAGGAUACAUUGACUUAACUAACCAUACAUGCACCGAAUGUUAUUAUGGAACUAAUGGAUAUAGUUGUACGCAAAAUUGCUCAUGUAAUAUAACAAAAAGUAUUUGCUUUCCUGAGAAUGGAACAUGUGAGUGUCUAAAGGGAUGGAAGGACACAGGCUGUAAUGCUGAUAUAAAUGAAUGUAACUACCAAAUCAAUCCAUGUCAGAACAAUUCAAACUGUGUUAACACAUUAGGAUCAUAUAGAUGUGUCUGUGAUAAAGGCUUCUUUAAAUCAAACCAUGGUUGCACUCCUUGUAGUAAAAUGAAAUUUGGUCAAGACUGCAGUGAAAAGUGUAAUUGUGUUCAGCUUCACACUGAGAAAUGCAAUAAUAUCAAUGGAUCUUGUACAUGUAAGCCAGGCUGGACUGGAGUUCAUUGUGAGAAAGAUAUUGAUGAAUGUUCAAACACUAGCUACUGCCCAGAUGAACAUGACCAUUGUUUUAAUAUAAAUGGAUCGGCCGAAUGUAGAUGUGAUGAAGGAUAUGGAAAAUCAAUUGGCCCAUUUUGUGAAGAUAUAGAUGAGUGCCUUGAUCCAUCUUACCAGUGUGACUUGAAGACUACGACAUGUAACAAUGCAGAAGGAUCAUAUGAAUGUAUUUGUAAACCUGGACAUUUAACAAAAACAAAUGACAAAUUUGCUUGUAUAGUGAACUAUGUUUCAUUCCCAUUGACUGUUCAACUUCAGUACCCCAAAGAGAACAUAAACCCGUUCUUGUUUAUUUCAACUACGAGAGAAUCAAGAGAAUUAUCAAGUAAAAUUGCAGAUAGUUUAACUAAAUUUGGAAAAGAAAAACUUGGUCAAGCUAUUUUGCCUUUCAUUAUAAAUAAACUUGUAAAUGGAUCCGUUAUUGCCUAUACAGAACUACAGGUUGAUCAAUUGUAUAGUAACAGUGACUCAGACCCUGCUUCAACAUUUGCUUAUGAACUAAACAAAGCAGGAAAUUUGACUAUUGGUUCUGAAGUAAUUGAAGUACUGGAUGUUUCUGUGUGUAACACUUCAUUGAAAAAGCUACCAAGUUCAUGUGAAGUGUACUCUGUCUUGAAGAACUGUUCAUCUAAUCCAUCAUACAAAGAGAACACAGUACCAUCGUGUAAAAUCAUAGAUGCAGAAAACAAUACUGCAUUAACAAUUGGACUGUCUGUUGGACUUAGCCUGUUGGUCAUCAUCACAAUAGCUAUUGUGGUGCUUGUUAUCUUGCGCUAUAGAAAGAGAAGACAAAAACAUGAUCAAGAGGAAUAUAUUGAAAUUAAUCCACCACUACUAUCCCCAUUACCACAUGAAACUGUGUACAAAACAACUGAGGAGAAACAUGCUUACAAUACACUUGAUAUGAAAGAUACAGAUCCUGUUGUACAUUAUCAAAUGAUACCAACCACAUCAGAGGAACAAGGAGCUGAUUUACCUGACCAAAACACUGAUAUGAAUACAUAUUAUGAAAUAGUGAAAGAUGCAGACAAUAAGACAGCCACAUUUAGAGAAAUGGCUACUAAUUCAAACAAUGAAAUUACUCCCAACAUUCCACUAAGAAAGAAGAAGUCUAAUAAUAAACCAGCUGAAGAUUCAGAAAUAACCAACAGUACAUACAAUGAAAUACAGAAUAAUCAAAAUAGUGUAAAUGAUAUGAAUGCAGAAAUAGACAACACUCCAUACAAUGAAAUCCCCAUCAAUCAAGACCAUGAAGUUGUCAACAGCCUAGAAGAGGAUAACAGUCCUUAUAAUGAAAUUAAUCCUGACGAAGAUAGAGGUCACAAUCCAUACCAUCAAUUAAAUGAAUCUGGAACAAAUGACUUGGACAAGGAACAUGUUUAUGAACAAAUCCAAAAGUGAAGAGUUGAAUCUAAUCUAGGCUUAACCACAUUAGUAAUCAUUAGUAUGAUAUAAUAAACAAUAUUUGUUUGUAAAUCAUGUUUCCUUUUUCAUUCAUACAUUAAAAUUUACAUGGAUAUUGUUUCCAAUACCCCUGUAUGAAUAUGUUACCAGGAUGUAUAAAACCCCAGCAUUUAUAGAAUACCUUGGCAAUUUAGCAAUCCAUGUUGUUCUUUGAAUCACAGAAUGAAAGUUCCUGAUUUUCAUAAGAUGGGCGAGUCAUAGUCUUUCAAUCCAGUGGUCAGUUUUCUAAUUUGAUGUAUGGCUUAGUUCUUUCAAGCAAUAUUAUAUUCUACACUUUGCCUGUGGUUGUUUAGGUAAAUGUAUGACCCAUUUCCUAAAUGGAAAUAUUUCAUUAUUCUUGUUUUUUUUUAAAGCAGUAUUAAAUCAAUUUGCUCAAGGUGUUCAAAUGAGUUUGAAUUUAAAUUCAUGUUUGAGUUAUGUUUGCCAUUGUAGUUUGCUACAAGUUAAAUUAUGCAUUUGAUUGUCAUUUUAACUUCUCAUGUCCAAAAGUAUAAAUAGUUCACAAUGGUUUAGUCUUUUAUAUGGUGCCUUUUUUACAUGAUUAAUUCAUGGAAAAUAGAUAUUGGCUAAAUCCUUUUGUUGGAGUUACUAAAUGCUUCAUUCUAGAACUGUCUUGUGAUUCAAUUUCUUGUUCUGUGUGAGGUGAGAGAACAUUUGUAAACCUACAUUUUCAAGCCAACAUAUUGAAAGAAAACUCACAUUAAAUAUAUAUUCAUAACUUUUAGCAUAUGACUGGUUAUUUUUCUUUCAUUUUAUUUAUUGCAAUAUAAUCAGUAUAUUUAACUAAUGUCAUGUUGUAUUCAAUAUUUUGUGUUUUUUUAAAUUAAAAUGAACAUAAAGAUUUUGUGAAAAUUCCCAAGGUACUUGUUCAAUGUUGGUAACAAAACCACUUUCUAAUAAUUAUAUAAGAUUUAAUUAACUGAACUAAAAAAUAAAGAUAUAUCAGACAUAUACUAUUAACAUUUUUACUUAUUAAGUGUGUACUAUUUAGCCUAGUAGUAUAAAUGGAAAUUUUUUCUUUUUAAUUUCCCUCUUUCUUUGUAUAAUUUAACUUCCAGUAUCAUUCUACAAAUAUUGAAGUUAGUGUAACUUAAAUAACAAAAUUGACUGGUGUAUUUACCUUAUAAACACAACGAAUUAGUAGGCUAUUUAUUUAGUGGCAGAAAUCUUAGAUGAAAAUCUGAUUGUCUAGCCAGUAUCAGCAAAAAUAUUAAUUUGCAUUAGUUUGUAUCAACAUGAAAAUAAUUGUGCAUAAACCAAUAGAUUAAAUUAUCUUUACAAUUAUAAUAUGUAGUGAAGAGGGAUGAAUGGGGGUGAAUGUUGUUGUUACUUGGUACCCUAUCCCAUUCGUCCUUGUUCAGUUCUUUUGCUGUGUGUUGUAAUAGUCCGAUUUGUAGCAGUUUAUGAAAGGAUUUAUAAGUUGUAUGAGCACCAAUAUAUUCUGAAUUUUUUAUGCUUGUUAUCAUGAGACUAGAUGGCAUGGUCAAAUGAUAGAGGAUUUGUCUGCUAACAUAAAAGUCUAGAGUUCAAGUGCUUGGCUAGAGUCCCUGACUCCACCUGCUAGUAGGCAGGUCUAUGUUUUUAAUUCCAUUUCACAUGAGACAAAAUAAAAUGCAAAACUUUAAAUUGAUUCACAAAACACAUUCACUAAAUAAUGACACAAAUGCACUUUACUCAGAGCAAUGAAAAAUUCAUUAUUAUAUUAUUAUAUUAUGAUAUUA